AUGAAAUUUAUAACUACUGUGGGAAUUACCUUUGCCAUUACAACAACAUUGACCUUGGCUUUGCCAGUUCCAGUUGAACUUACAAAAAGAAGAUUUGGACAAGAACAUACUCCACGUGCUGACGCCGAUUUUCAAGCAAUGAAAGAUAUCUCACAAGGUACUGGAUUCGAAGCCGACCUUGGCAAUUUAUCUGGUGCUGCUGUCAGAUCUUUAUUAGCAAAGGCUGGAGCAUGUGAUCAACAAGAUGUAGCCGAUCAAGCAGUUGACAUUGCAAAAAAAAUUGGACUUCAAGGCAAAGCAGAUAGUAAACAAAAGGAACAAGCUUUGAUCAAAGUAGCCCAAGAUUUUCGUACACUCGAAAGGAAUACUCCGAAUGCUGGACAGCCAUCCGCUCUAUGCGAUAGACCUCCAAGAAACAAGGAGUUAGAUGGCUUAGUACAAGCGCAAGAUCCAACUGGACCACAAGGUCAAGUAGGAGGAGCUGCUUCUGGAUCUUCAAAUAACUCUGGAUCUUCAAAUAGCUCUGGAUCUUCAAAUAACUCUGGAUCUUCAAAUAACUCUGGAUCUUCAAAUAACUCUGGCUCUUCAAACACCAAUUGCACUUCAGCGGAUAAUUCUACUGUUUCAAAUGGAUCUUCAACUACCACUUCAACAAAUGCCACUUCAACAGAUAAUUCUGCUACAAAUGGAUCUUCAAAUAGCUCUUCAGCAGAUAAUUCCGGCGCAUCUUCAAAUAGCACUUCAGCAGAUAAUUCCGGCGCAUCUUCAAAUAGCAAUUCAGCAGAUAAUUCCGGCGCAUCUUCAAAUAGCAAUUCAGCAGAUAAUUCCGGCGCAUCUUCAAAUAGCACCUCAGCAGAUAAUUCCGGCGCAUCUUCAAAUAGCACCUCAGCAGAUAAUUCCGGCGCAUCUUCAAAUAAUCAAAGUAGCGAAUGCAGCAAACACAUGAAGAAAGCAGAAAAGUGUAAAGGUAAACAGAAGAAAUCAGCAAAAUGCAUGAAAGUCGCAGCGGAUUUAAAUAAGUGCAAUUGUACGCAAAACGGCUCUGAUGGCUCUACGCAAAACGGCUCUGAUGGCUCUAAUGGUGGUUCCAUAUAUGGAGCAAGGGCUGUCAAGGAUGCUAGUACUCCAGGCACAAUUAUCACUGUUGACAAUGGCGCGUUUACAUCACCAGUAGGGGGUAUUUCACCACCUCAAAUCAUUGUGAACCAAGAUGGUAAUCCCUCGGUAAAUGGAGACAGAUUCUUGCAAUUGAAUAAUGCCAUUCAACGUGCCUGUGACGUCCAGAAAAACCAAUGUUUCAACAAAUUUAAUUCGGGAGAUCGUACCUUCUCUGGAACCGAUUGUGAGAAUCAACAUACUACAUGCCCAACUGGCACCGUUCAAUUUAGUUAA